UGAUUGGCUGAAAUCGAGCCUCACCUGCCUGGACUCUGCUCAGCUCCUGGUUUUGAGCUGAGCUCCUCAGAUCUGCAGCGGUUGCAUCGUGAGCCGUUGUGGACACGAUGCCUCGUCUUCCGCCCAUUUACACAGAUUUCUUCUUCCACCCUCUGACGGAGGACGUGGAGCAGCUGCUCGCUCGGUUCCAGCAGGCCGACUCUGUGAGGUACGAGGUGUUUUCAGCCAUCUGGAGGAACAUGGGCCUCUCCGACGUCUUCUUAGGCAUCACAAGUACGGGUGAGAAGAAGAGAUUCAGCAGGGUGACGCUCGCCACGGCCAUGAAGUACUUCCUGUCUCCGUACAGCUACCAAAUCAGAGUGGGGGGCCUGUACUUGAUGUUUGGUUUCUACCACACGCAGCCUGCAGUUCCACCUGCGAAGGUCAGAAUCGCUCUGAAGGACUGGGACCAGGUUCAGAAGUUCCUGAAGGAUUCUGUGGAAGCUGGGCACCAUGAUGUGCUUUACAUCUACAAGAAGCUGGUGUCCAUCAAAGCCAUUCACUACACCGCCAUGCCUCAUUUCCUCAGCUUCCAAAAGCAGAGGAAGCCAAAGAAGGAGCCGGUGUGUGCCCAGUUUCUGGGGAGGACCACCGCCGUGCAGGAGCUCGUCUCCGCAGACUUCCUGGAGGAGAUGAACAACGUCCAGGCCCAGUAUGAGAAGCUGAAGGAGGCCACGGUGAAGGUCAGCAGCCAGGUCACCAUGACCCAGCAAGACUUUGUCUCCCGCCUGAAAGACUGCAUGUACGAGUUCCUCACAUGGCAGCAGAAGACGUUCUCGCAAAACGGCAAAGACAAGAACUCUGGGGAUGAUGAUGAUGAGGAGGAGGAGGACGAGGACAAGAAGCAAAGUGAGGAGGAGUCCAGCAGCAGGGCCAGGCUCCUGUCCUCCAUCAAGAACAAGAGCUACAGCGGCGUCCAAGAGGCGCCCAAGUCCCGGAGGCACCGCCAGGCCGAGGUGGUGGACUCCUCCGGCACGGGAGCGGAGCACGCUCAGGAGACUGUGGCUGUCCACAAGAAGAGGCCUCCGUCACUGCGGGCCCGGACCAGGCAGAACCUCAGGGUGGUGCCCGAGAAGAACAAGCUCAACGCCUGGCUCCUGACUGCUCCUGAGAAGACGACGACGACGACGGGGGACUGGUGAGGGGGGGGGGACAACCAGGAAGCACCGUGAUGUGAGGGAAGGGAGGACGACAGGUUUCGUAUUCUGUCCUCACAGGUUCUGUCCAGCUCGGUUCUUUAAAA